CCCAAGAUGGCGGCGGUUGGCGUGUUUCUUGGCGGUUAUGGCCUAUCACGAUACGACCCAGGAGAGCGAGCUUCUGGAGCAUUUCUCCUGUUUAUCCGUUAACGAGGAGGAAAGUUUCACCACAGACGAUCCCCUUGACUCGUGUAUAAACCCGGGUUUGUUGUUUUUAAGUGACGAGGUGCUUAUUGUUAUUUUAAGUCACCUGGAGCCGGUGUCUUUACUCAGACUCGGCAGCACCUGCUGCAGGUUGUUCCGGGUUUGUUCCUGUGACUCUCUGUGGACUCGACACUUCCAGGACUCGUUCGGGGUAGGCCUGCCGAACAUCACCACCGCCGGUUACACUGCCAAAACCGCCUUCCGCUUAGUGUUCAUGUGGAGGGCGCUUUUCCGAAACGUCCACUGCAACCGGUCCCUUCAGGAGAAGCUGUUUGCCGAAGUGCCAUUCCCUCCGCAUGCCUACUGGACUCAGUGGCUCGUAAUGGAGGAGCGAGUGCCUUUACCUGCCGCUCAGCUCUCAUGUGCUGAUCUGGAGAAGCUGUGGGGGACGCCGCGAGACCUGUUCACAGAGAAACUUCAAGAGCAACCAGUAGGUGAUGAGAUGCUCAGGUUGGAAUGGCGGGAGCUGUAUAACCUCGCUGUCACUCACCAUGGCAGCACGUCCAUGCUUUUUCACUAUGUACUUAAGCAGCACCAAAGCAGUGACCAUUCUGAACUGGCGUCGAUGUACCGCCAGUACACCCAGUGCAGGUUCCAGUGGCUCUUUACCUACUGGCUCUUUCGCCAGCCAACUCCAUUAAACCGCCAGCUCCGAGCCAUUUACCUGCAGUGGAGGAAACACAGCAAGAAGAAGGUUUCCACAUGGGGGGAAACGGUGUGUGAUGUGAGAUACUUGGCCUCACUUCAUCCCAUCACCAGUGACUACUGGAGGGGCAAACUGGCUCGGGGAGAUGAGAACAUCGGGAUUCAUACAGUCGGAAACUACUUCUCCAUGUGCAAGUCACUAGUGGCCUGGAUCCUGGGCCGUGACUGGGGCAGACUGAAACGCAGAAAGGUUUACGAGGACACUCUGGAUGGUGUGUACCUGCUGCUGAAGAGAGAGAUGCAGGAGAGGCUGGUGGAUCACGAAAGGUUCUGGCAGGUGGCCAAAAUGCAGAUGACCAGAGUAUGCACUCUGGAGGAGACUGCUGUGAACUACGUCAACUGGAAGAUGAUCGAAACGCUACCUUAUUACAAGCUGUACUUGGUAUCUGGGAAUGGCGUGUACCUGCAGCACGUUCAGGGAUUCCUACGCAGGAAGAGGAUGCUUCAUGACUGGAUCUACCUGGAGGACAACACCUGGCUCCGAGAGCUGCUCCCCGACGAGCUCUUCACACUGCUGGAGUUUGACACCAAGCUCACUCAGGGAAGUUUGCACGGUGCCUCUGCGAGCGCUCAGCUCAGUCGGCUCAUCUGGCUGUACCUGCACUCAGGUGACCAGCUCUACAUGGACGGAGUGAAACAGACGGUGCUGCAGUACGUUCACGCACGACUGGCCAUCAGCGCCAGCGUCCUCUCAGCAGACCCCUGGCAGCCCGUCCUCAGACCCAUCUCUCCAUGAACCCGGUCCUGGACUUCAGGUGGCUUUAUAUUUUACAUGGUUUUUUUAAGGGGACCACACGUCCAUUUUUUUAAAAUACUUUUUUAAAAAUUUUGAUAUUUAUUCUUUUGUAUAAAAGACUCUGAAAUCAUGGACAUUUUAGGGACUGUAGAAUUUUAAUCACUGAUGGAUCUGGCUGGAGCCACUUCAUAUGUACAUUUUUACUCAUUUGGGAAGUUUGGGUUUGUUCCUUGGAUGUAUUUAAAUAGCAUACAAUCAUUAACAAAUUUUUGGUUUUGCUCUUUUUUUUUUUUUUUUUAUCAUGGCAAUUCUUUCCCCUUUUGUGUAAUUUUUUUUUUUAAGUGCAACAUUAUGGAUUACAUACUUAUUCACAAACCCUAGUUUUUUUAAGUCCUUGAUUAACCACCAGGGUUUGUGGUUUUGUCUUUUUGUUUGUAAUCCUGUGACUAUUAAAGUCCCUUUCAACUCCAAA